AUGGCAGACGCGGUGCUCACCUCCCUCUGCGGCAUCUGCCACAUCAACGCCCCGAAGUACAAAUGUCCCCGCUGCGGCAUCGCCACCUGCUCCCUCGCCUGCGUCGCGAAACACAAGAGCUGGUCCCAGUGCAGCGGCGCGCGCGACCAAACCGCCUACGUCGCCAAGUCGAAGCUGGCCACCCCGGCGGGCAUCGACCAUGACUACAACUUCCUGCACAAGAUCGAGAUGGAGUCCGAGCGCGCCGAGCGGGUCUUUGUGGAAGACAAGGGCAUCAUACAAAAGGACGAGCUGCGGCCGCUGACGGUGGAGGAGGUGAGGUGGAAGGUAGGCCGAGACGGGAGGAGGCGCAAGGUCUUGGUGACACGGGUCCUGAAGCAGAAUAGGGACAGGUUGAUGGACAAGCUGCUUGCGAGCAAGCUCAAGAAGCAAGGCACUGUGCUUGUGUCUGCGCCUCAGGGCAUGACGAGGCAUAGGGAAAACCACACGACGGUGAGCCGACGGCCUGGGAAGAUCAAUUGGCAGGUGGAGUGGUUUACCUUUGAGCGGAGCUGCGCCGAUUCGACACAAGUGAGCAAGUCGAGGGCUCUGUCGAAGCUUUUGGACGAUGUGCCGUUGUACAAGGGAUACAGCGCGCUGUUGGCGACACAAGCAAAGGCCGAGGGCAAGGUGCAGAGGAGGCCUUUUAAGAGCGUUGCGCAAACCUCUCCCGAUGCCCAUUGGCACGUGGCGGUCGAUUCGCUUCAAGAUCCUCAGACUGGCCGCUGGUUUUGCGUCACAACCCCAUCGAUCGACGAGUGGCCACAGGCAAAGGACGAGCUACAGCGACGACAGUUUCAGUUCUUCCUCGAAAGCACCCGGAAGCGACCCGAUCGACUCGUCACCCUUACGUCCAUUCCGCCGGAAGAAUGCCUUGGAGAUAUUCUUCGUAAUACCAGAGUGCUCGAGUUCCCGACGAUAUAUGUUCUGCGCGAGGGGGAGGCCUUGCCAGCUGGCUACGUGCUGGGUCCGAAAGAUGUCGUUUCGCACACGGGGGAACAGCAACAGAACGCGAAACGCAAAAAUGGACCGGAGCAAGGAAGAGAUAGUGGCCGACCUGCCAAGCGGAAGAGACGGGCGGAUGGGGAAGACGUUGAGGAGGGCGAAUUGGGAGACGAUGGAGACCCUGAUGACGACCGCAGUAAGACUGUGGAUGGCACGGAGGUUGACGAAGUGAUUGCCGAGCAGAGCUUGGACGAGGAUGAGGCUGAUGAUACUAGUGAUGACGAGACUAGCAGUUCUGGGUCUGACAGUGAUUAA